AGUAUCGCGGGUUUCAAUUGUUUCUCCUCAGGACUAUUUUCGACGGCGUAUUUAUACCUCUAUUACGGCGUAGUGAAAGGUGUGACGCGGUAUCGGGCCGUGCGACCUGCGAUUCAAGCUUCGGCUCCCGGAGGGCAGAAGCAAAGUGGCGAAGUCGAAGGUGCAGAUGGACGUUCGGUCGAGUGCGGUUAUUUCGUCAUGGAGUAUCGCGGCUCGAAAAUAAUGCGUGAAAAUAAUCGCGACGUUAAUCAGACCGGUGAAAAUGAGCUAACAAACGAGGACGGUUAACGAAAGAUAUUUUUCAACAAUUGGAACUUUUCUCCUUCAACUCCAAAAACGAUACCGAUCCGAUUUAUCUAUCGCACGUUGCGUACGAGGUGCAUGCAUAUUUACUAACGGUUGACAGCGAGUUUCUAAGAUAAUGAUAACCAAGAUAAUAGUCCUGUGGUGAUUGCGGUGAAUAAUAACAGUAUUCCAUCGAUUUAUACCAGCGACAAAACACCGCCAAGGAUCGAGACUCGAGAUUUCGAGCACGUGCUUGUAACCGUGUGCCGCAGGAAAUUAUAAUUUCAAUAGAACGGAAAUUCAUUGUACGGUGAAUAAUUGAAAACCGGUGUGCGCCUAGGUAUGUAUCGUGCAGCCGGAAAUUUGAACAAAUUAAAACAAUCUACAUAAAACCCCGGUAGAAUUCUUUGCGUUGCAACGAUCGUAAAACGGUACGUGAUCGCCGCAGGGGUUGUAAAACCUUUCGCCUUGGCAAUAGCAAAGGCAAUAGGAACAACAGGUGACUGCGCGUCGACAAGUUGUAAACAAAUAUUCAAGGGAUCGUCAAGUCUCGAGAUGAUUGUUGUUUAAGUGCAAAUUCGUAUAGAUUCGAUUUGGUACUCUCACGAUUCCCCGUAGUUGACGGUGUACGCUAAAAUCGGUAUUCGGUGUUAUCGAGUAGAUCGUUACGGCGGGCAACUUCGCGUACCUGUGGGUUCAACCGUAUGCGCUGGUAUCUAGUUCAUUAUCAUUAUGAAUAAUCAGCGGAGCGUUUAGGCGUUGAUUUGUGUAUCGUUUGAAUCGGUUUGUGGUCACCGUGGAGCGAAACGGGCGGCAAAAGAGCGCCUUAAAAGCGAUCUAAGCGAGUUAGCUGGCUUAUACCUGUGCAAGGUCGAGAAGCAAGUGAGCGUGCGUCGAUGGCGCGGCACGGGUUAGCGGCAGCAGCGAAGCCAGUUCUGUGAGUGAGUGAGUGACAAUUGCCAAUCGCGAUUGCGUUCCUCUUCCUCCGGACUGACUCCGAGGGCACUCUUCGAGGAGUAGAGGCAGUGAGCAGUGAGCGGUGAGCAGCAGCGGCGAGUAUAGUUAGCGCGGUGUCGUACCUCGCGGAGUUUAACAUAGCCCGUCCAUUAUUCAUCCGCAGGUCGCGCAACACGUGCUAAUUACGCUCUGCUCUCCGUGUGAUUGUGACGUAAUAAGGUGCGAAUACACGAGUAGUAGCGACUACGUAUAGUAGAUAGUAACGGCGAGAGAUACAUAACGAGUGGUUGGGUGGGGUGCAACGGAUGUAAACAGACGAAUUGGACACGCGAAGCAAAACGACAAAAAUAAUACAAAAACAAUCGAACACGAGUCAACGGUAUAGUGUUAUAAAAAAAACAAAGAGACCUCCGAUUUCGAACGGCGGUCAAAAUCAAAUUCAAAUUCAGCAAAAGUGGUCAGCGGGUAAAAGUUAUUUAAUAUUUGGUUAUCCAACGGGUUGGAACGGUUCCGUUGAUUUUGUUACGUUUGUGAAAUAUAAUGUCGACGACGCCCAGUUCUGGAGGUACAAAUACGAUCAGAGGCAGCGGCGCCUCGGAAUGUCGGAAGUUUGCACCGAAUAUAUUCAAUAAAAGCAAGUGUAGCAGUUGCUUCAAGCAGAAGGAGGAACACAGCGCAGAGGCACUGGAAUGCAACAGGGCCACCAGAAAAGUAUCGAAAUGCGGAUACCUCUUCGUCGCUCCGGGAUGGGAUUUCACGAAUCCAUUGAACCGCACAAAGAGAUGGCAACGUCGAUGGUUCGUCCUGUACGACGACGGGGAGCUCACCUAUUCCGUGGACGAACACCCAGAAACGGUUCCCCAGGCGAGGAUCGACAUGACUCGUGUCCUGGAGGUUGCGGCGGCUGAGGACAUCACCGGACACGCCUACAGUCUCGCGGUUACCGCUCCGGAGGGAGUGACCUUCGUCAAGGGCACCUGUCGAGAAGAGACAAGGUGGUGGGCCGACGUGCUACAAGUUUAUCCGAGGAACAAGGGGAGACACAAAAGAAACGCAACUUUUCCGGGCGGACAGGCAACGAUUCUGCAAGUACCUCCGGGUAUCAGGAGCAACACACCGAACCCUCCCAGGCCGAGGUUCAACAGCUGUAGGUCGGAACCACGCGUGAGUAAUUCAACGUGGAUAUCGGACGCUGCCGAAUUGUCUUCUCCAAAGAGCGUCGCGGUGAUCCAGAGCGUCGCGAUGAACGGUACACACGCGUCGCCGGUUUCGUCCAACGUCGCGACGACUACCACGACGACGACGACUUCUUCGAGUUUGAUGAGGACGGAAAACGGGAUAUCCACGUCGUACCCGACCCCAACGACGAAUCAGAGUAACGUAAACGGAGGAACUUCCGGUAUUCCCACCUCGGUCACCUGCGCUACGUCCGGCACCACCACCACCACCUCUGCAGCCGUUUCUUCGCCGUCGACGCAAAAUGUUGGACCGGAAAAACCACCCAUCGUACCUGCCGGGGAAUCGAGACAGUACAGAGAUCAACCGGCUAGCAGUGCUUCACCGCCUACGAGGGACAAACUCAGGGCCGACGACAAGGCGAGGCGGAGAAUGAAUCAGCAAAACGAUCAACGAUCCGCCGCUACCUCCAACGUACAAUCUGCGGAGAAAUUAGACGUCUGUUUUCCUUCUCAAAACGACGAAACCUGCAGAAGGAUACUUCUCGAACACGAGAGGGAGAGGGAAGGUAAGCUAAGAGAUAUCGCGGCAUCCCUCACUCAGCCAAGGGUGAGAAGAAACAAACCCCGGACCUCGGAACCAACCAGAGAUGUCGUUGAUGCGGCGAACGCAGCUCAUCAGGAUAAACUGAUAAGAGGAGAUCCCGAUGGAUGUGGUCUGGACGUUUCUGGCACCAGAUACUCUCCCACGUCUGAAUUGAGGGUAGAUUUGCCCGCCGAAGAUCUACUCAAUAUUAAAAAGGGCUGGUUGAUGAAGCAGGGCGCGAACAAGGAAUGGAAUAAGCAUUGGUUUGUUUUACGUGGUUGCGGAUUAAUGUACUACAGAGAUCCUAGUGCAGAGUAUAAAGGCAUUAUGGAUGGAGUCAUUGAUCUGAACACGGUCACCGCUAUUACCCCGGUGUCGGUUGCACGAAAUUACGGAUUUCAGACUGUGACGUGGGACGAUCGGGGGACAACAGUUUUGUCUGCCGUUACCGCGGGCAUCAGAUCUAGUUGGAUGUCCGCAAUCGGGGACGCCGCUAAUUUACCUGAUCCGGAAAACAAUGUCGAUUCGCGAUCCGCCUGUCCCCAGGAGAAUCAGCAAGAUACAAAUCCUCAAUCUCCAACAACUUCGAUCACCGAUCGCGAAAGGGAGUCCAUAGUACCGUCGACUCCGGUAACCCCUCGAUCGGUUCUCUUUUCGUCGGAUGAAGAAUACAGAACUGCGUCCGAGGGUGGUAGGAGGGAGUCCGGGGAUUGGACGGAAAUGCCGAUAUCUCCACCGCUCACGAGGAAUGGAGAGUGGACCCUGGCGUUGAAGGGAAAUUGGCCCGAUCAAAUAAAUCACGAAUGGUCUGAAUUACCUCCCUCACCUCCUUUGACCAGGACAGCUUUGUCUAGAGUAAAAGCGAGAUCUAGGUCUAGCUCGAGAUCGCGGGGUUACAAAAGAAGCAGAAGUUCGCCACCUUCUUCGAGGAGAAGCACUCUAGACAGUGUCAGAUCUGAAGAUCUUAUGAUGGCAUGCUGUGAACUUGGAGAGGAUCAAGAACAUAGCACUAAUCACUUGCAGAAUAAUGGGUGUUUGACGAACACAACCGACAAUCCGUUGAUUGUCGAAUUAUUGGAAAGUCAGGUCAGCAUGCUAAGGGAUCAGCUAGAUCAGAAUCAGUCUCAUCCAAGCACUUUGCUAGUCAUAAUUGAACGCCAAGAGAACGAAAUUGAGGAUUUGAAAUCUCAGCUUAGCGCUGCUCGUACGGAGAUUGCGGGUGCUGAGAAAGAGCUUUCUCGGUUGAGACAGCAGAAAGUUGAGGCUUCCAUCAGAGAGAAACAGGUCGACGAACUGCUCAAGACUAUUCAAAGGAUCGAGCAGCAGAGAAAUAAGGAUUUAGAAGAUUUGGAAAAAGUGAAAAAACUUUAUAACAGAGACAAAGAAAUGCUAGAAUGCAAAUUAUUAGAAACUGAAGCCAUUCUCAGAGAGACUGCCGAACGGUGCGAGAUGCUCAAAAACGAAUUAUCUUCUAGCCACAUGACCGUUGAACAUUUGCAAAACGAAAUAUCGACGCUGAGCGAUAGACUGUCACAAGGCAUCGAAGAAAACGAACAAUUGUACAGCAGAGUUCGAGAGCUGGAGGGACGAUCUGGAUUGUCUGCUGCACGAGAACGAGGCAGAAGUUUUGAUUCACUUAGUGAUUUAACAAACAUUGAUAUGGACUUGGAUUUAACGGAAUUGGACAAAGAAAGAAUGAUAGAUGAGUAUGAAGAACUGAGAGGUAGAUUUGAAAAAGCGAUUUCUGAGAUCAGGGCAAUGCGAAGAGAAUUGCGAGAAGCACAUGCUACGCAAGAUGCUUUGGAACUGGAAAUUCUCGCUCACAGGCAAGACGCGGCUAGAUGUAAGGACAAUAAUCAAGCUCAAGUUCAAUUGAUGGCUGCCAGAAUUCAAGAUUUGACUAACAAAUUGACGGCAAGUGAGAAGCAAGUUCGCGCUCUGAAACAAAAGCUGGUCAAGGCUGAGUCUCGGGAUAAGCGGAGAUCUUUGUCUUUGAAGGGAAGAGAGUCGUUUCAAAUAUCCCAAGAACUAGAAGAGAAACUUUUGGAAUUGGAGACAAAAAUAUGUGCCAUUGAACGUGGCAAAUGUGGAAGUGCGCUUGCUUCUGCUGAGACCAACUCUAAGGAGUCCAGUCCUAAUCCAAAGAGAGAGAGAAAGAAGGAAAAUAGAAGUUUGGAUAGAGCGAGAAUCAGAAGGAAAUCAUUGGACAGUGCCACCAGCUCUGAACCGAUGAAGGUGCUCAUAAGACUUAGCACUUUAGAAACAAAGGUAGCUGCGGUGUCUGAGAAUGUUACCAGUGAUGUUGAAAAAGACUCGAGCGAGUGUAGCGAAAUCAUCACCCCAAAUAACGAAAUCUCAUUGGAAAUAUUAUCUAGGUUGAAGAAAUUAGAAAGAGCAGUUGCCAAAUCUAAACGACGACUAGAAAGGUGCUUGGGAUCCACGCAGGCAGAAGAAAAAGCUGAAAAGUGUCUGCGCGAGGUUAAUGAUAUCCUGGAUUCAUGUGGCGAGUGUAAAAAGAAUCAAGCGAGUGCUCAGGUGACAGAGUCAGUAGGUAUAGUUGUAGCUAGACUAGAAUCUAUUCUUAAAGAUAAAAUGAGCGAGUUAACAAAAAGAAGGCUCAUGCUAGCGCAGAAUGGUAAACUGGAUGAGAAAGAAAAGCUCAAAUUGAUUGCGGAGAGAAUAGCAUUUGAAUCUGUAAUUAUUGAACAGAUAAAGUGUGCGAUGGGAAAAAGGACGUUCGAUAAGUGUGCCGUUCUAAGCGAAUUGGUCGAAACUAGUCAACUUAUUUCAAACUUAAAAUGUAAGGUACGUGGAACUAAGCCCAAAAUCUACCAAAACACGAGUUACGUACAGUAUCUCACUAGAGUGUUAGCAAAUAAGUUAGUGCUUGUCGGAGGUGUUGCAACCACUGAAACUUCGAAAGAUGUUUUAGCAGCACGUAGCGAAAGUUUUAGUUACCUUCUUCGCCAGCAGAAGGAACUCUCGGAAGUAGUAGAGAAGUAUAAAGAGUCAAAAUUAAAGGAAUUAGCCAAUGCAUUGGCUGCUGAAACAUUGAGUAUGUCAGAACAGGAGGAUCAUACCAAACAAAUAAUUAAUACCGGUACAACAAAAUUACUGGAGGACAGAAGAAUACGUGAGGCUUGGGCCCUUGCUCAGGAAACCGUUAGUAAGGAGCUUGUGCAGUCGGAAGUCUCCCAUGUGAUGACAAAGUGCGGACAAGAUUACGAACAAAAUAUCACGUCCGUUUCAGACUUGUGUCUAAAUUUUGACGAUGCAGAAAGAACAAAUUUAGAAGCAUGGGCUGAUGCAGCCCAAUUAAAGUUGAGGCAAGAAAUGGAAUUUUCGAUCAAUGAACUUUCAAGAGCCUAUGAAGAUUCUUUAUCGCAAAUGAAGAGAAACAAGCCGCUUCUCGAGUCCAAGUACGAGUCGAGACAAAUGUUAACAGAGUUUGCGGAUAUUAUCGCCCAGAAAGCUGUAGUUGAUGCAAGGAUUGCUACUCUACAGGAAAAUUCUAAACUCACUUUCACUUAUUCUGGUGAGACUUUUGUAUCUAGUCUAAUUGAGAAUGAAGAUAUUCUCUCCAAGCUGAUAGAUGACGAUUACGAUUACGAAAGCCAUCCACACAUGGAUGCCGAAUACAAAUACUUGUAUCAACAGUUUUCGAAAGAUUGCCACGAAAAAAUAUUUGGGAAACAACAGUCGAAGGAACAAUUAAAAAGUAUUGGUCAAUCACUGGCCUAUCUUGAAGAGGAUCUUGCGACUCUGGAUCGAUGUCUUUGUGGGGAUAAAAUUGAAAACAACUACGCUUGGACUAAAUCAAGUUCAUCCAACUGGGAUUGGCCAAAUAUUUGUGAGAAGUGUACGGAAUUAAGAAAACGCGUCAAGAGACUAAGCGAUUAUGCACAGGGAUAUUCCUGUAAAAAGUGUAACCAGUUACAUGAAACAAUCCAAAGAUUAAGCGUCGAACAUAACAACGAGUUGGAGGAGCUCAGAAAGAGUCAGGAAAAGGAUCUCAUAGAUAUCAAGGGUGAAUUGGAUAAUCAAAGAUACUCGCUCACUUCCCAGUAUGAGCAUGAAGCUGCUACACUUCGAGAGAGAGCCAGGAAACUGGAAAAUCGACUGAAUGCAAUGGAUUCCGAGCACUCGGCUCAUGUGAACGAGUUACGAGCCGCGUAUCAAAGGUCCAUAAGUGCGGAACUCGACACCGAUGCUGAGACACGCAAAAGGUACAAGGAAGAGAUCAAACAGCUUAGAGGAUUGUGCGAAAAGGGAUUAUUGGCAAUGGAAAACUCUCACAGAAGAAUUAUUUCUGAGAUGGAGGAAAAACAUAGACAGGAACUUGAAAGCUUGAGGAUUGAGAAAGAGCAAGCUCUGUCAGAAGAAACCCAGGCUACUCUUGCUGCUUUGGACGCAAUGAGGAAGGCCCAUGAACACGAGGUUCAGAAAGAGAUCGCUAAAUUCAAACAGGAAUUCAUCAAGCAAAUGCAAGCUCGGGAAGAUAUCGGCGCGUUACAUAAAGAGCAUGAAGAAGAAAUGGAAGAGAUAAAGCAAGAAAUUCUUUCUCUCUCCUCUAAGUAUUCAUCGAAAUGCGUGGAAUCUGCUGCACUGGAAGAAAGAGUGGGUUCUUUGGCAAAACAACUAGCCCAAGCUCAACAACAUAUCUUACAACUUGACGCGAGAAAUAAACAACUUCGUGCACACAUCGUUUCUGAAACUAAUGAUAUCGAGAUCAACGAAUCGGUUCAGCUGUUAAGGGGCAGAGACAACGAGAUAGCCCAGCAGAGGGAAGAAAUUCAUAGACUGCAACAGCAACUAAAGCAUGGGGACACCCCUCGUCAAUCAUCAGGCGGGCCAUCAAAAUCCCCAUCGUUAGACUACUCCCCAGCAUAUACUCGACAGCAAAUAAGAAGUAGUCACGAGCCGGUUCUCAGAGCAAGUAGCGAGGACUCAAAACUAGUUAGCUUACGUCCCAAGAGCUCAUCCUCUCUACAAAAAUUGUUAUCCGUCGACAAGCCGGGCCCAUUUUCUUAUAAACUUGAAAGAAUAAAAUCCAUUUCCCUGCCAUAUUCCAACGACCUUAUGAGGCAGGGAUGUAAUUCCAAUUCAUCAAAUCAAGAAAAGAAAGAGAUUAACUUGGGGCAAACAAAUCAAGACCGUAACAGUCUGACUUCUCCUCUUUGGGACAGCUUAAGGCCCAGGAGCGGCUUGCCCCAUCAGUAUCAAGGUGGCACAACAACGAUGCGAAUUAGCGGCGGGGACACCUGGUGGCAGGAGAGCAAGCAAGGUGAAAAACAGCAACACCAGGAGACAUACACCCUCCGUCCAAACACUCGUCACACAUCCCACCUCACCCCGGAACCCACAGCUCUCUCCGUUGCAGAGUUGACGAGGUCUCCCUCGGUGAGAUGGUCUGGCAGGAGCUGCCGCAGCCUGCCUCCAACACCCACGCCGACCUAUAAUCAUCCUCUUCACCCCCCACUUCCCGCAGUGGGCAUGGUCGCUGAAAGGAAAAAGCGCUUUGAACUAUGACCCACUAAACGUUAUCUACUAAUCCGUUGUGCAAAAUUUUGUAAGGAUUUUGCUCAAUGUACAGGUGAAACUGAAUUGUUUUGACAUAAAUUGAACUAAC